UUCUCAACGCCUGUGCCGAUGCACAGUAAAGACCUAAGUCCAUUGGAACUAAAAAUGUUUCAGCAACUUGCAACAACCAGCAACUUGCAUUGAAGAAGGCAGAGGCAGCAAGGCAUCCACACCCUCAUAGUCGAGUCUCAUCUGCUCCACACGAGUCUGGACUUAGCAGGUACCAGGAGGACAGCCCUGGUGUGAAAGCCUGAGGGAACCAUGAGGAGAGUCCGCAGGAAAGUGGCCAACAAGGAGAAGGUGUUUGGUUGUGAUCUUCAGGAGCACCUGAACGCCUCCAGUCAGGAUGUUCCACAGGUGUUGCGCUGUUGCACUGAGUUUGUUGAGCAACACGGCAUCGUGGACGGAAUUUACAGGUUGUCCGGGGUUUCGUCCAACAUCCAGAAACUCAGGGGCGAGUUUGAGAGUGACGGGACCCCCGAACUCAACAAGGAAGUGUACCUGCAGGACAUCCACUGCGUCAGCUCGCUCUGCAAAGCCUAUUUCCGAGAGCUGCCCAACCCGCUGCUAACCUACCAGCUUUACGACAAGUUUGCUGAGGCGGUAGCUGUCCAGCUGGAAGACGAGCGUCUGGUAAAAAUCAGAGAUGUCCUGAAAGAACUUUCAGCGCCACAUUACAGGACUCUUGAGUUUCUGAUGUCCCACCUCGCCAAGAUGGCAUCAUACUCACCUGAGACUAACAUGCAUGCCAGAAACCUGGCCAUCGUCUGGGCACCAAAUCUUCUCAGGUCAAAGGACAUCGAGGUGUCUGGGUUCAAUGGCACCGCCGCCUUCAUGGAGGUCAGGAUUCAGUCCAUCGUGGUGGAGUUCAUCCUCACUCACGCCGCUCAGCUCUUUCCUGAACCAAGUGUAUCGUGCAACAGGAGGAAGUCUCUUCCCUCCCCAACAGCCAUUUUAAGUCAGGAAGAACCUUUGUUAAAAGCUCACCCUCCUGCCAACUUUGGAAACAUCAGUCCAGGGGAUGGUCCUCUUCCAAUAAGACCUUACCACGCUAUCAUAGAAGGCACUGAUAAGAGGAAAGGCUCGUUUAAACAAAGGAAGUGGAUGUCCAUCUUCAAUAUUGGCGGUCGGUUCCAUGACCCAAGACGACGCCAUAAACACUCAGGCAAAGAAAAAGACAGACCAUUGAGGCCGGCGAGAAGCAUGGACUCCCUCAGCAUCCCGUUAUAUUCAAAAGAAGGUUCUAAACAACUUCUCCAAGCGUCUAAUUCCACCAAAAUGUCGGGCUUGGAGGCUGCAGCAUCUCCUGGUCAAAUUGGCGGAAGCGAAUAUGCUGUGACCUAUCGCAGGGGGACAGGACUUGUAAGCGGGGGCACACAAGGAAUUUACACAGCCCUUGACCCUGAAGGUUUAGGAAGCACAGAAACUGACACCGUACUGUCCAGGUCACCGGGACUCACCACAAAAGUGGGUCGAAGAGCAGCGAUGCACAUCACGGGGCCUACCAUAGUAACAGUGCCGCUUCAUAUCACCUCAAACUUGGCGUUAGGUGUGCUUCAAGGAGGCGGCUGUGAUAGGGUCGUCCACCGUGGCAGGGAUAAGGAAGGUGAAAAGGUGGAGGUUAAGGAUGGAGUAGACAAAGUGGAGAGGAAGGACAGUGGACAAGUGGAAGGGAAGAUAGAAACGGAAGCAGUGACUAACAGGAAAGAAGUCUUGGAUGAGGACGUACCUACUUUAGUUGACAAAAAAGAGGAGGACAAAAAGGAGAGAACGGUUUGUAGAUGGGAAAUAGUGACAGAAGAUCAAUGUGUGCCUAAAGAGACACACGCCAAAAGCCUGAACUCCAAUGCAGAUGAAGAUGUCGAGGACAAGCAUGAUCUCAAGGAAAUGCAAGGAGAGGCAUCAGAUGAAAUUCAGCAGGAAGCAACUGAACAUGAGGACAACAAUGUUUUUGAUUCUUCCGACGUACUCAACUCCACUGAGGUGGAGCCUGACGACCAGGAGCUGUCGGGCUACGUCCAAGACAACUUUGAAUUUCUGGACCAAAUGGACUGUAGCGUCCUGGAUCACAUGGAUGGCAGUGUUUCCUGUCAGGUUCCUCUCCACUUAAAUGAAUUCUCAGUUGAACCUCCUGGACAUUCAGAUGACGAGUAUGAACUCAUGGAGCAAGCGUCACAUCAUUCCACUGGGGCCGACAUAAGCCCAAAUACAAGUCCUGAAACCAGCAGUCAAAGCCAACCAAAGCUCCACCGACAGCUCAGCGUCAAGGCAAACGAGCGACAGGCAAAAUCCCUCAGCUUGCCUCACAUGACCUCACCAGUGUGCGAACCAGAUAGCUGCUCUGACGAAGACAUCACAGAUGACGAAGUCAACGAAAAUUACAGCAGUGAGGAAGAGGACAGCUUGUUUGUUAAAAGCCUCCCUUCGGAUUUCUUUUUAAACAAUUUGUGUGAUCUUCAAUUCAAUGACGCACAAGCCAGCUGCACUACCAGUGAUGAUGUUAGCGCUCAGCCAGAUCAGUCACAGAGAUGUGAAGUGAGUGAACGUCAUCUUGAUUGUUCUACUAGUAAGGAACAAAAUGAUGGAGAAGAGAUCCGAGGGGACAUGGAAGAUGGACAGGAGCGAGGAGAGAUACCACAAAACAAUGACAACGUUGACUACGAUGAGAACAGCCUAAGAACAACAAACAAAGAUCACAAUGUCAUGGAAACUGGUCUGUAUUAUGAUUUAAAACCUCUCCCUUUAGAAGCACCGUCAUACCGAAGUGUGGACCUCUCAAAGAAGGAGGACACAGAUGAGUCCGACGUUGUGGCCUCUGAUGUACUGGUGGACACGGGACAACAGGAGGACGAAGAAGAAGAAGAAGUCUGUCAACUUCAAGGCGCCCAGAAAGAAACGGAGGAGACCAAAGAUGUUUCUCGAGGAGCAGGAGGGGAGUUUAAGGCAGACCAAGAUGGGGGACAAGAGAGUGAAUGGACAGAAAACACUGGACAAGACAGAGAAGGAACGGGAUACUCACUUGAGCAAAAUAAGCUAGAAACCAAAAGAAGCAUCUCAGAAGCUCUCGCAAAUGAAAAUAGCGAAGAACUGCCUCAAGGAUUGUACAAUGAAAAGAUGGAGGAGUGCCACUCAGGGCUUGACGACACAAUCAAGAAAAUCUGGGAUGAACUCGAGGAGGUCAUCUGUGAACUGAUCGAAGAUGAAGAAAAAAAGCUGCGUGCAAGACAGGUUGGCGAUUGUGAGGAUACUCAGGUCUCAUUUGAGAAUCUUGUGCACUUUGAGGAAGAAGUGACAAACAAGAGUAAGUGUGACAUGGAAGCUAUGGAAGACGAGAUGGAGACAAAUGUAGGGAAAGACCUUCAGGAUAAGACCAACUUAGCAGAGAAGGGCGAUCAAAAGACGGCAAAAGAGGAGAAACGCAGCCUUGAGGAAGUGAUGCCAAGUCUUAAAGAGACACAACUCCAAGAGGUCAGUUGUGACGUUCCGCAGUCCAAAGACCCUAUGACCUACGAGAUGCGAGGCGCCAGCCAAGGGGCGGCCGCAAGGAAGCUGGUCAUCUCCAAAUCACCAAGAGUUUAUCAAGUCAAAGCUGUGCCGGUGGUCCCCCCAAAACCCCAACACUGCAAGCUCGCGGCCCUGAACCUCCGACAGCAGCAGCAGCAGCGAGAGAGGAGAGACGCUGACGUGCCGGACGAAGAAGCGAGGGUGAAGAAAGAGAGUGUGCACAGGAAGGACAGCGACGAUGGUGUCUCGCUCCGAGACAGCCCACUCAGCAUGUGUUUUGACGAGGCCGUUGCCAUAGCUACCAUGAGGCGGGGAAAGGAGAAAGAGUGCGAGAGGGAAAGGCAGCGAGAUUGGGCAGAAGUCCAAUGAACUUAUUUUGGAAACGAAGAUUUUCUUUGGUUGUACAACUAAAAUAUGUCAGUAUGGACAGUUAUUUUUAAUCUCAUAAAAAGAGGAAGAUUAAAGAUUAGGACAUUUUCUAGGCAUCGUUUAUUUGUGGAAAAGUAUUCAGACAUUCCUGAGCCAAGUACUUUUGUAUGGUACAGAAGGGUACCGAAUUUUUCGGAGUAUAAGUCGCACCUGUCGAAAAUGUAUAAUAAAGAAGGAAAAAAACAUAUAUAAGUCGUACUGGAGCCCGGCCAAACUAUGAAAAAAAACUGCGACUUAUAGUCCGAAAAAUACGGUAUGUUUGUUUCGGACAUGUUAAUAAGUUACACUGAGAGCAUCACGUUUAUACUCACACAAUUCAACAUGUCCAAAAAGUAGGAAGAAGAUUGUAUUUAAUCCUACCCCUUCUCCAUGCCUGUUACUGAUAAUUCAUUUACAGCAUGUGUUAAUAAACAGGUCAACACUUACAUCCGAAAUAUGCUCUCGCAUCACGUAGCUUGCGUCCAUUCGAGGGAUGGGUGACUUUCACAUUUAAAUUGAUAUGGUACCAAUUCUCGGUACUUGGGAAUCGAUA